AGGGUAAGACUACGGUCAGAUGGAGCUGCAAUCCCUCGUCGUCGGAGUGGUGCAGAGACCCACAGCCCAACCAGAGGGGCCGACACCCCGCCACGGGCUGCAGCCUGUCCCAGCAGCCCCCACAAGGUUUCCAUCAGCAAGGGGCGUAUUGAGAGCCCAGAAAAGAGGCGCAUAGGCACCUUUGGCAGUUCAGGAAGCAUCAACUACCCAGAAAGGAAGGCCUAUCCUGAGGGCCACCCUCUGAGACCGGUGCCUGGGGCCACUCGCCACAGCAGCCUCGGGGACCACAAAUCACUUGAGACUGAAGCUCUGGCUGAUGACAUAGAGAAGACUAUGAAUACAGCGCUUCAUGAGCUCCGGGAGCUGGAGCGGCAGAACACGGUAAAGCAGGCUCCUGAUGUGGUGCUGGACACUCUGGAGCCCAUGAAGAACCCGGUGAGCUCUGAGCCCGGCAGCCCUCUGCACACCAUCAUGAUCCGUGACCCGGAUGCAGCCAUGCGCCGCAGCAGCAGCUCCACAUCCGAGAUGAUGAGCACUUUCAAACCCGCUCUCUCCGCACGGAUGGCUGGGGCUCAGCUGCGCCCCCCACCCAUGAGGCCGGUGCGCCCCCCUCCCACCCAGCACCGCUCCAGCAGCUCCAGCUCUUCAGGGGUCGGCAGCCCUGCUGUGACUCCCACUGAGAAGAUGUUUCCCAGUAACAGUACAGCUGCUGUUAGCGUGGGUACAUCCAGUGAUGCUGGAGAUAAGUCCGGUACCAUGUAGCAAAGGUAGAAUCUGCAAGGUGGUCAGGUUGUAAAGCUUGAAGUGUGGGAAAAGCUUAUGGAAAUGAGUGCUGAUGUGUGAGAAGCAGAUAUGGAUAUUUUCCUCUGUUUUCCGCCUGACUUAAUUCAUAUAUUCAGGAAGCUCUUGAAGCAACCCUACAAUAUGUUGCCAUGGGGAUAAAGCGGUGAAAGAAGCUGUAGAGGUGUGAUAGCGCAAAGCUCAAUUCUCUUUGAAUCUUGAUCCAACUGGAGAAAAUGUUUAUAAGAAUACAUGUAAUUCAGUUUUACCUCGGUUUAAAAAUAAAGAAUCUCUGGCCAUAUUCUCGUUUCAGAGAUAAAAUGGAUGCAAGUGAAGCAAUACUUGUGUAACAUUUAGUAUUGCUUUGUACCGAGCACACAUUGUCCAGCUGACGUUUGAUUUACUCCUUCUGAAGUGUAUGAAGCACCUCAUCUGGACAAUGUCAACAUUCAGGCUAAAAUACCAUGUCUGCUUACCAUUGAGGUCACAUGCUUUAUGGCUGUACAUACAAACUUACUUGAAGUACCCAUGCUUUCUGUUUGUACUAUAAUAGAGUGGAUGUUAAGCAAAGUAGCCCCUUAGAGACAUUCUAUACUUCUGCAUGCUGGGUUUGGGUCAAAUUAGCAAAACAUUAAGACUUGCAUCAUUUAGAAAUGUGUAAUGAUGUGGGACUUUCUUAUUUCCUCAUUGUAAGAAUAAGAAAUCAGUUUGAAACUAGUUUGAAACCUAAACCUCAAGAAGAAAAAUUCAGAUGUACACAUAUUUGAUUAAGAAACACAUGGCGAACUCUCAGUGUUACGUUUUGAACCUGCCAGGUGUGGGGUACUCUAGAUGUUGUACCUAAAUCAUUGCAUUCACUGCUUAAAAUAAACGCAUCCUGGCAUGAAUAUGAUCUCUGAAGCCUGAGAUGUACUAAUCUGACCUUAACAAAGCAAGUCAUCCUCCAAUAUAGUGUAUUGUUGGACUGUGGGCAGACUUAACAAAACAAAUACAUCAACUAAUGUAGGAAACCUGUGGUCAAACUGUACAUAAUAUAUAGCUAGAUUCUUUUUAAGUGGUCAGUCUUGUACAAAAAAAAGACAAAAAAGGUUUGCUGUAAAUGGCAAUUAGAGUUAAGAACCCCAUAUAUCUGAAUAUUAUCAUAUUCAGUUAAGAACAAACAUACUCUUUAACUGCUUAAAGUUCAAAUAAUAAACCUUGAACUAUCUGCUUUUGGGAAUAGUACAGUAGAAAACGGAUUGCUGUUGAACGGACAAGAAGCCUGAGUACAUUCUUUCUUUAUUAUCUUUAGACACACUGGCCCAUUUUCACACUCAGUUUGUUAAUCUUGAAUUGUUGCCACUUCAAAUUAAAUUUGGGUGAUAUUAUUUCAUUAUAGACAUAAUAAAAUACCCUCCGACAGUUCCUCUUUUAAAUAAAAAAUGUGAUACUCACCAAGAGGAACUAGCAACAUUGAUGUUGUGACAUACUGUUAUCAGAUUCCUUCCUUCCUGCCUUUUUCUGCUUCUUUUUGAUGAAUACAGUUAUGCUCUGACUGUAGACCAUUUAUUUUGUUGAAAGGAAACUAAACAGAUACAAUUCAGUGUUUAUAUAUACCAUACCUCUUGUCACUCUGACAGCUCUAGUCCAGACAGAGACCUUAAUAUCCGCAUCCCAAAGAGUCUGCUGUGUGCUGCAUGUGUUGAGCUGUACUGUCUGACUCAUAUUCUGCAGCAGUUAAACAAUGGCUGUAUGUGGUGCCUUGCCUUGGUAAGAUGCACACAAUAACUCAAUAUUGGAUGUUUGUUUUUAGAGAAAUGGUUCUUAACAUUAACAGGGAUUGGAAAUGAUUAAUUAAACAGUUGCCAAAUAGUGAAAGGAACAAUGCUUGAUUGAGUAAAAUCAGUUUAAACAUUAGCAUGUAAACAAGGCCCUGAUUCCACUAUUAAUCUGCAGUCAGUCUGUAUAUUCUAAAGUGUUACUGAUGUACAUGUAAAUUGAACUCAUUUGCUUGUUGUCGAGGGAUUGAGUUUUAGGGAAGAGAGCUCCAACAGCCAGUAAAAAAAAAGGAAAUAUAGCAUUUAAACUCAAACAGUGCCCUCACACCCUCUGCUGGUUCCUGCUGGUAUUGCCUCUUGUGACGCACUUUCCAUGGGCCUUUUAAUCUGGAGCUAAUAUAACAAUCACUAAUCUUUUCCAUAGUUUCAUGUGUUUGCCUGGUUACAGUAUUGUAACUGUUAAAAUCUAUGAAGAAGAUGUUACUACAAAAGUCAUGUUUAUUAAAAAACAAAGAAAGCACACCAUUUCAAAAGGGUUAAAUUACCAUCAUUAUAUUUAACUAGGCUGUCUUGUAUUUUAUUUAUAGACACUUGUUUGACACAUUCUUGAGUGCCUUUUGUGCACAACAUCAAUUUUUAUUGGACUUUUAUAUUUACUUUUUUUACUGUGAUAUGUUGUCUAUAAGUUGUCAUGUUUAUUAUAAACUGAUGUUGCUUUUUUAUCUUUACUUUCUACUGCUACUCAGUUGUCAAAACACCAUAAGAAAUGAAGCGUGUACAGAUAUUCCUCUCAUGAAUUAAAGAGUAAUAUUCAUGAAGUGCUCGUCAGUUUUUAAGGAAGAGUUAAAGAAACUACUGUAUAACAAGCUCUACUGGUGAAAUUCAGUAGAAUCAUCUCAGAAUAAUUUUCUCAUUUUUUAGUUUUCCCUGUGAACUGCCUGUGCUGUGGUUGAGCCGUACUCGUCAUUUAGCUCCUUCCCUUCAUUGCAUUAUUGUUGGUAACUCUUUUUACAGAGGUUAUAAGGCACUUAAUGCGCUGUUCUUCUGCCUACAGUACAUGUGACAUUUUUCAAGGAAUGUAUGCUGAAAUGGGUAACACUGUUAAUCUGCUGCCGUGAGAAGAUAAUAAAUUAAUAUUGAAAAAGGACAUCACAGUAAGAGCGCAGACUUUGAUGUUGUGGGACCAGAGUGUGAGUUGCUGUCAUACUGUUUACCUUCUCUUUAAUUGUUUGUCUAGUGAUGCUGUUUGUUGAUGAGUGUCUGGUUGGUUGAAACCUUGUGAUGUAAUGUACACCAUACCACUGACUGGAUGUUGAAAACCCCUGCAUCCAAAUAAAACCAUUAUUGCUCUGUGA